GCACGGUGGCGGACAUGCCACCCAUCCUGCGGGCGCUCUCCGAUGUAAGCUGCUUGGCGCAGUACAGUCUGCAUGGGAGGCUGGCGGAGCUCCCUGCGAACUACGAUGCGCACACGCAGCAGUUCAAGUUCACAUGGUCAUCCCAUUUCAAAUGCCACGCUUCGGUGGAAGGCGCAGGAGCAGAGGCGCCUCCGUUGUCGAUACUUUCUUCCAGCGCGCCUGAGUUCAGGGGCGUCAGGAAAAUUUGCUACCCGGAUGGGUUGCCGAUGGAGCUGGGCUGGCAGUGGAAAGGGACCAUGAUCAACCCGUUCUUCUUCGAGCCCCACCGGUGCCGAGACCUCUUCACGCGGCAGCUUCCCAAGGGGCAGGGCCUCCCGCCGCAGUGGAUGAUGCACCACCCUAGCGAGGGCGAGGUGCUGGCCAGGCAGUCCGAAAUCCCACCCCAGCUCGCCAAGCUGGGCUGGUGGACCUUCGGCACGGUGCGCGCCAACCCCGGCCUGCAGCUCCGCAGGCUGGCGACCACGCUGCUCGGCCACGAGCAGGGCCGGAGGCUGGACCUUCACUCGGAGGCGCUCCUGAACCUCGCCCUGCAGGCGUCGACCCAGAUCGGCCCCUGCGUCGCCGGCGAGCUGCCCGCGGCAGCGGCCUGGAAGCAGGAUCUCGGGGUGCAGGAGUGGAUGGAGGACUUCGCCCACGGGCUGAGCGACAGGGCGCAGGAGCUGGCGCACAAGCGCAGGGGCCACCAGGCCCUGCUGCUCCUCGUCGUGGUGGCGAACUAUUUGGUCCAGUGGCACGAGGCGCCCUUCCAACGUGUCCUUCGCUCUUGCUGGAACGUGGCCGAGCGCUGGGCCGCGCAGGUGGCGGAGCUCCUGCAGAACACGGCGCACGAGGACACUGAGCGCCUCGCGGAGCUCCGUUGCCUGAGGUGCACCUUCGCUGUGUACGAGCUCCUCGCCAGACGCGUGUGCCCCAAGGUCUUGGACGCCGUGGCUGCCGCCCGAUUGCUUGAGCUCCGGGUGCGCAUCGCAGAAUCCGCACUUCUGGACCAGGCCCUGGACCAGGAGCUCGCAUGCUGGGUCAGCGAGACGAUGCUGCACCGCGAGGCGGAGCUCGUCGCCUCCUGCGCCGGCCCAGGGGGCUGCACCAUCCUCGGAGGUGCAGCCCGCGUCGUUGUGCCCUGGGUCGAGGCGGACUUGUUGUGGCAUCAGGUUGAUGCUGGGCCGCUCUUCACGACCACGUCCAAGAGUGGCGACGUCUUCCACGUGCACCUGCACACAGGGGUCGUCAGGCAGAACGGGCUCCAGAGCGGCCGGCUUCCCGAUGCCAUACAGAAGCACGGCCUUUACGCGCGAGUCUUCGGGAAGGCCUUCAGCCCCCCGGUCAUGCAGACGUCGCCGACGGAGUUCAGGAGCAAGGAGGUCUUUGCGGACCGCUUCUACCGCUUCGCGGCCACCGCGUCCGGGGCGCUUUUGAUCAGGGAGCUGAAGACGGCGGAUGCAGACGACGGGGUGCUCCUGAUCCCCCCCGGGCUCGUGGCCUUGCCUCCGCCUCUCGUGGAGGCGUGCAGCCAUUGGCUGGACUGCGCCACCGGCCGGCUCGAGGUUCGGCCAGAGGACUGCAGACAGAAGGCGCCGUUGUUUGUGGCGCAGCUGCGACGAGUUGGAUCGUUGCUUCCUUCCCUUUCCUUGUACGCGGACGUGCACAGGGUGGCUGACAAGCGCAGGCUGCUCCCGACAUUGGCCACGGAGCUCCGGCCAAUCACGACAGUGCUGUCCAAGUUCGACGACGCCCAGUACAUCUUGUGCUUCGGCGCUGAGGGGACCAGCGAAACAGCAUCUGGCCCCUGCGAACUGCAGCAGGUCGAGUUCUUUCGCGACGGAUGCUCCCGCCUCACGUUCCACGUGGGGGAGGGAGGCGAGCUGGGCUCGGUAGAUUUCCGCGGGUACACGCUGCGCCCAUGCCAGCAGGUCGAGACCCUGCUCGGCAUGGAGCAGUACCUGGUCCUCCGCGCCCGCGCGCCGACGGAGGGGCAGCGCCCAGAAACGGUGGUGCUGAUCCCGAACGCGAUGGUACAGCCCGCAGUGCCAAUGCAUGUGCAGACGAGCACGCAGGGUCGCAUCGUGUACAGGGCGCUCGCCGGGCAGGACGACCCCGACAAGGGACUCCGGCCCAAGAACCCGUCCUCCGCGCUCUCGCUGGCCGAUCAUGUGGAGAAGGGGUGGGAGGAACGGGUGGCCUCCAGGUACCUGUCCGCCACACUGGACCCCGUGGUCGCGCUCCUGUACUCGGCCAUGGCGAUCGCCAAAGGCGCCCCCCUCGAGGGAUUGCGGAUCGCAGCCAUCGACCUGGCGAUGCUUCCGGACGCUACUGAAGUCGUCGACAUCUCUGACAAUGUGGCCUGCACGGCCGCGGGCUUGCCGCGGACGGGAAGGGCGUCCCACCUCGGGAUCGGGCACCGGAUGGUAUGUCUCGCAGGCGACGUCCCUGCCGCCGCGAUCGUAUCUGUGGUGUCAUGGCUUCAGGUGCUCGAGGCGAGCGGUUGCGAGGCGAAGGCGCUCAUUCCCCUUCAGCAGCACUGUCAGCGCAUCCGUGAGUUCCGGGAGCACGUCCCAUCUGCCCUUCAGGAAGCACUGUUCAAGGCGCUGCAGCCGAGGCGCUCUGGCCCCGACCAGGCCGAGUCAGGCCGAUCGCCGGAAUUCUUCGCCUUCGCGCUGGAUCGAGAGGUCGGCCGUCUCAAGUCCGAGAGGACAGACGCCAGGCUCCUCCUGGCCGCCUGCUACGCGAAGUGCCACUCCGCCCUCCCCGACCCGCUCACAGGAGCCACAGGGGUUGAGGCGGCGAUCGAGGAGCUGCUGCACUGCUGGCAGAAUAAGCCGUACACCGAGAGGGAGCACGAGGUGAUGUCAGAGAUCUUCGAGGAGGGCUCGGGGCGGAAGUUGGCGUUGCGCUGCCUGGCCAAUCUGCUUUGGGCGGACAGUCAGGACACCUACUUCAUGCACGGCUUGGAGAGGCCGCAGCAGUUCUGCAGGAAGUGGGAUCCAGAGGAGGACACGCUGGAGCUGGCGUGUCGAGUGAGGGAGCUGAUGCCGACAUCUGCCUGGCUCCCGGCGGCCGCAGAGAUGCAAGUCUUCGGAGGCCAGCUCCUCGGUAGAGACCGCGCUCUCAAUCGCGCGGCCCCCGGGGCCACGGAUCCAAAUCACCACUUCGAGAAGGCGGCGUUCGUCCUCUUCGCGCCGCAGCUUUUGCGGCGCGACUUUGCAGCCGAACUGAAGAAGACCAGCUUCUACAUGAAAGAUGUUGCUUGUGAGGCGCCAGCAGGAAGCUCUGUGCUGGACUGGGACGCGUGCCUGCGACCAGAGACCUUUCUGGCGCUCUACAGCGAGGCUGCGGCAGCUGCGGCAGCGCCCCGGAGCGACGGCCGCCAGGCGUUCUUCUUGAAGCUGGCCUUCUACGCAGUGUGCAAUUCAGCCAGCAUUAAGGAUGAGACGUGGACCUUGCUGCAGGUUCUAUUUCUCGUCUCGCAGCAUGGGAAGCGGCCCAGCAUUCCCCAAGCACCCCGGCGCCUCCUCAGCUGCGACACGGUUCCACGGUGUUCGACCCAUGCGAUCUCAGAGCUGACCUCUCGGAUAGCUUCGAUCAACGACGACAUCACGUCCGAGCUCCGCAACCCGCAUGCAGACCACCUGAUUUCAGCGUUGCGGAGGCAGGCGCAGGCCGUGGAGACGAAGCGCGACCUUGCCCAGGCCCUCAGCGACUUCUUCGACGAAGUCGGAGCCUCGUGCAACGCCGCGCGAUCGCUGGUCCUGGCCCCCCACUUGCCGCGAGUGCUGGCAAACCCGACGAGCCCAGAGCUGCCGGGCGUCGUCGGCGCGGCACCCUCCGUCGGGGUUUCACUCUGCAGCAACGCCGUCGGCGACGACGGCCUGGUCGCGUCGAUCGAGGCAGAGCUCCGCUCUUGCUGGCGUGUGGGAGCUGCGACUGCUGCGACGGCCGGCGAGGGCGAGGGCGAGGGCGGCGAGGCGAGGGCAGCGGAGCUCGCGGCGAGGCUCGAUGCAGCGAGGGCGGAGCUGAAGCGGGUCAGCGAGCAGGUCGAUCGGCUGCGCCAGAGGGCCGCGCGGCGAGACGAGGCGGCGGACGACGAGGGCGACGAGAUGCAGGAGGACUCCGAAGAGGAGGGGCGCCAGGCGGAGCUGCAGAGCCGCGAGGCCAGGCUCAGGAAGGAGGUGAAGUUCCUCGCGAGCGCGCGAGGCCGGGCGCGGAUCGACCUGACCUUCCCUUUGGGUGGCUCCGUGCCCCCCCUGGCGGACGAUGACGUGCUGCAGCGCCCCCUGGGGAGGAGCAUGAUGGGGGAGCUCCGCGAGAGCUGGCUCCUGUACAUGCAGGAGCUGGCCAGGCCGAAAGCCGUGCUCCUGCGCCGGGACAGCGCAUGGUAUCAUGCCCUCCUCGCCAGGGUGCAGGAGAUGCGGCGCACGGCUUGGAUCGAUCUGCGUGCCGCUGUGGACGCCCUGCCAGGCGGCGCGCACGGCGCAGCCCUGCGCCUCGCGCGCCUGGGCCGGGUCACGCCCGAGGCGACCACGCAGCAGGUGCUUCGCUGGGCGGUCGCGGCCGACGACGACGACCUCGCUGCCAAGGUGGCCGAGGCGAACCCGGCGAUCAAGCCGUCGGAGGCCCCGCGGAUCCGCGAGUACGUUAUCCUCUGCUUG